AUGCCGUCCUUUGGCCUCGCCGGGUCGUCGCUCUCGGAGGCCCAGCCGAGCACUGCCAGCGCCGCAGACGGUCCCGGAUCCUUGUCCAUCGACCGCCGUCCCAAGAAAUCGUCCAUGACGUGUGCCGUCUGUCGCUUCCGCAAGGUUCGGUGCAACGGUGCGCGCCCCUGCUGUGGCAAUUGCCAGCGCCUGGGAUUCCCCUGCUCGUACGACGAUGCCGACGUCGACGCCUGGUCUCUUUCGCUGCCUCGGCGGCGUGUCAAGCAGGCCUGCUUGAGCUGUCACAGCCGCAAGGCGCGGUGCUCCGGCCAUCUGCCUUCGUGUGAGCGGUGUCGAGUCCAGGGCAUUGAGUGCGUCUACCGGCCCAGCAAACGAACCAAGCCGUCGUCCAUUACCAAGAGCCCCAACAGCCCAGAUCGAGAGUCCGACCGAGAAGGUGGCCGAGACGGCCGCAGCCAUGGAGAGAAUCGAGAUCAGGAUGAUGGACGCAACGAGAGCCCGGCCUUGACUGAUCAGGCCAGCUCCGUCAGUCCUGGGCCGGAUAACACCGAGGGCCUUUCCAUAGAUGAAAGCUUCGACUCCAUCGUCAACCGCGCUUUCGACCUCUUCUUCCGCUACGUUCACCACAUGCCCAUGUUCACCUUCUUGCAUCGGGCUUCUCUUAUGGAGCAAUAUCAGGCCGGCAAAGUCGAGAGGCCGCUUCUGCUGGCCAUUGUCGGCAUCACAACAUGUCUGACCAACAUGGGUCCCGGCAUGCGCGAAUAUGGAAACCACUGCAUCGAUAAAGCCGAGGCCCUUCUUCUCGCCGACUACAGCCGCCUUUCCAUUGUCAAAAUCCAGGCACUCGUCUUCGUCAUCAAGCACCGCAUCCUCUGUAACAAGUUCUCCAGCGCUUUUGUCCUUCAUAGCUUUGCUUCUCGCUACGCCACCGCGCUGCGUCUCAAUUAUGAGGCGCCACAUCUUCGCUUCCUGGCGCAAGAAUCUCGUCGACGCCUCAUGUGGGCCAUGUACUGCAUUGAUACCAGUGUUUGCGGCGGAUACCCCGACUUUGUCCUCUGGAGGGCGGACCAAAUCCACGUGAGCCUGCCAUGCAACGAGCGCAACUUCGAGUUCGACCUGCCGCAGCAUACAGAGAAGCUCGUGCCCGACUCGCACCAGCCACGACCACCGCUCGCCGAGGACGUGGGGACCUUGGCUCUUCAUGCGCGCAUCCUCUACAUUCGCCAGAAGAUUAUCGAGUUUACCAGAGUGGCUCAGUAUGACCGCGGCAUGGAGCCUGCUGAGCUGCAAGGCCGCAUUCUUGCCUUGGACAAGGAGCUCAGUGAUUUCGCCGCCAACCUCCCAACGUCUUUUCAGUUCUCUGAGAACUCCCUGCGCCUCCGCGCAUACUCCCCACGAAUCUGCGUCUUUGUCAUGAUCCAUGUUUGGUGGCGCCAGUGUUACUGUGACCUCUACCGCCUCGCCCUGGCAGAUGUUAGUGGCGGGCUGCCGCAGUCUAUGCUCGAAUCAUUUGAUCAAGUCUUCCUCGACCACUGCCACAGGCAAUGCGUGGACCAUGCCCUGGCCUUGACUCACAUAUUUUCGCUGAUACAAAAGCUCGACGCCAAGCCGGUGGCGGAUAUUGACCUCGCCAUGUGUGCGUACCAGUGCGCUCGGAUGCUCAUGUACCUUUUCCAGCUCGAUCUCUUCAGCCGCUUUGGCAUCACGGCAGAGACAGUCAUGGAGCAGGCGCAGCUCUGUCUGCAGACUAUCAAGGACUGUUGCGUUGGACCCGCGGUGGACUGCAUCGUGGCCGACCUGGAGAGAUUGAUUAGCCAAGGACGAGCUGGCUCCAUCUCUGGUAAUAACAUGCCGUCGCAGACCAUCCCCCAAAACGCCCAGUUUGCAGAUGGAUCGGAUGUGUUGAACGCUCCCACCUCGGCCGGCAUGCAGCCUUUCAGCUCUCCUUCAAAUGCCGCCAACACUGCCGUCUCCCCCUUUACUCAUCCUGUCAUGACUGCUCCGUGGAUGUCAGAUAGCGGCUUUGCGUCAAGCAUCGACCAGCAAACUAUGCCGCCAGAGAUGCAUGCUGCCGAUCCCAGCAAGGGUGGAGCGUCGGAGCUAUCCGCACCCCGAUCAGAGUAUGCGCAGUCGGAUUUGAAUAACGCCUAUGACGGUGCCUUUGCAGGGCUUGGACUCGACGACGGAUUUGAUUAUGCAAUGGGGGUGGACAUGAAUCUGUGGGCGACCAACGGGGGGAGCUGGAUGUCGCAGGGAUUUGGCAACAAUACCUGGCUCUAA